AUGCCGAUGAGUGGUGACUCACCCUCUACUUCUUCACACUCUACUAGUUCUGUCAGGGCAACGAGCGGCGUGGGCAAGCCCGUGACUGCUGGAAUUGCCACAGAGAUGGCAGGACCGUCGACGGGAACGACAAUGACGACUGUGGCAGCAGCCUCGCUACCAACCACGCCUUCAACCACCAUCGUCACUUCUGGGUUGGUCGGGUUCUCUCCGUCAAGCACAACAGCAACAAGCAGCGAAUCUAAAAAUGCCGGUCCAGCCACCACUACCACUGCUCAGGCCAGCAAUGUUAGCUCUUCUGGGCUGCCCCGGAGUGCAAUCGCUGGCAUCAGCGUUGGAGUUGCGAUUGGAGCUCUGGGACUCUUGCUGGCAUUGUUUCUCCUCUACCGUUGCCGUUGCCGGAAGGUCGCCAAGCGCAUGCCGCCGUACCAGAACAACCUCCGUGGCGAAUUCGACGACAAGAACGUGGGCAACCGCGCUCAGGCAAGCGAGGGAAAUAGACACGGUGACGUUUUUGCGCCCUUUGGAGGCCGAGCGAGUUCAUUUGAAUCUGCAGGAGCACUCAACCCCGGGUCACCGUCCACGUAUCGAUCCACCAAGAGCCAGAACGACGUUGCCGCCACUGCAAGCUAUCCGAGCUCGCCUGCCGAUAGCUACUAUCUCAGUCCCCUCUCUCCGCCGGGUACAGGAGUGCCCUUGCUCAAGGGGCCCGCCGCCAAAGAUGACGAUGCCACCGCCAAGGAGAACAAGUCCGAUGAGCCGGCUCAGCUCGACUCUAGGCCUCUCCAUUUCGAGCUUUACUCGGCUAAUGCCGAGAAACAGAUGGCGGAGCUUCCUACGCCGUCGCCUCCCCAAACCCCGCGAGCUUCUCAGAGCCCGUCUUACGAGGUGGGAGGCGAUCAUACCGAGUCGCUGAUUUCCGGCUCGUCUCCCAAUAUGGUCCAAAAUGCACAACAACAGAAGUUGACACGGGUUCAGAGCGGCGAAGCCGCCGUCGUCUCCGUGGUAAAUAGGCCCCAAUCAGCACGGCCGCGCUCGUAUGAUCAUCGUACACGUCUCAGAGCUACGAUGAAUGCUACGGCAGAUGAUGUCCAAAGCAAUCGCCACGUCAACAGCUGGACUCAUCUGUAG